CUCUCUCUCUUUCCCCCCACCCCCUCCCGUUCCGAGAAAGAACGCGAGGCUGCAGCCCGAUCGGGAAAAGGGAGGAGAACAGCAACUAUGGAGGAACAGGAACUUGUGGUGCACAAGGAGGAGAUGGUGGAAGAAGAGGAGGAGGAGGAGGAAGAAGAAGGAGGAGGAACUGAGAGAGAGGAAGGGGAGCCCAUCGUGGUCCAAGUAAAGACCAUUGAGGAUUUUUUGAACAGGGGUAGCGUGCCCCACAUCAAGACAGAAUCGGAGGAGGAAAGCCACCGAUAUUGGGACACGGAAUGGCACGAAUUCUUGAAAAACGUGGCCUGGCUGUCUCCGGGCCCGUCUCCGCCUCCCUCGGAGGAAGAUGUCCGAGGUUUCCAGGCCUCCUUGGGGAGAGUCAAAGAAGAGGCGCGGGAGGGGAGCUCGGGAGAAGCCACACGAGAUCCGAGCGUCCGCGGAAAAGCCUGGAUAGGCAGAAAAAAGCUGGAUUCCUGCCGGAAGAUGAAAGAAACGCUGGAGAAGAUGGGGAUGGAGAGACAGUGGCCCCUGCAUCUCACGCAGUUCUGCCCCCAGGAGGUGGAGAGGGCCCGGCUGCCUGCAAAGAGAAAGAACGCCAAUACACCAGAAGGAAUAAGAAAGAAGCAAAGAAAAGUCAUCAGUCUCAAUUUGAAGAUGAAGAUCAUCAAAGCGUAUGCCGAUGGGAAGAAAGUGACUAAUAUAGCUCGAGAAGAAGGCCUGGCCCAUUCCACCAUCUCUGCCAUUUUGAAGGACAAGGAAAGGAUCAGAGAGGCCAUAAAAGGAUCAUCGGGAAUGAAUGUAAGUAUAACAAGGCAGCGAAAAGGCCUCAUCCACGAAAUGGAGAAACUCCUCAUCCUCUGGAUUGAAGAUCAGAUACAGAAGAGGCUUCCGGUGAGCCUUGUCCUCAUUCAGAAUAGGGCACGCAGCAUUUUCUCCACACUGAAAGAGCGAGCAGGCGAAGAGUGCACCGAAACCUUCACGGCCAGCCGUGGCUGGUUUAUGCGAUUCCAGCAAAGGUUUCGUUACCAGAAAACACACGUGUCAGGGGAAACUGCCACUGGUGACGAAGAAGUUGCCAAACGUUUUCUGAAUGAACUUGAUCAGAUCAUAGCAGAAGGGAACUAUUUUCCCGCCCAGAUAUUCAGCAUGGACGAAACUGGGUUGUACUGGAAAAGAAUGCCAGAGCGAACCUACAUACACAAAGAGGCCCAGGCAAUGCCUGGGUGUAAAGCAUUCAAAGAUAAAGUAACUGUACUAUUGGGCGGAAAUGUUGCUGGAUUCAAGCUGAAGCCAUUUGUAAUCUUCAAAUCUGACCACUCCUGUAUGUUCAAAAACUUUAGCAAAACCUCACUGCCCAUUUAUUACCGACCCGAUCCUAAGGCCUGGAUAACACCCAUUCUUUUUGAUGAUUGGUUUAUGAAUUGUUUCAUUCCCCAAGUAAAGGAAUAUUGUUGGCAAAAGGGGAUUCCGUUUAGAAUUCUUCUGCUCUUAAGCAAAGCACCUGGAUUUCCCCCAGAUCUCGGCAGUCUCCACCCUCAUAUAAAGGUAAUUUAUCUACCCCAAAACACCUCCGUGCUCCUACAGCCUAUGACCCAGGGAGCUAUCUCAGCAUUCAAGGCCCACUAUUUGCAGGAAGUAUUUGCCAAAGCCUUAGCCACAAUGGAAAAUGAGAGUAUAACACUGAGCGAGUUUUGGAAAAGCUACAAUAUCCUGGAUUGUAUUGAAAACAUCGUAGCAGCCUGGCAGAAUGUUAGCGUGAAAUGCAUGCAAGGGAUUUGGAAAAAGUGCUUGAAAUGUUUUGCUGCUCUUGCAGAUAAUUUGGAGGAAUUUAACCAGCACCAAAAUUUAAACGAAAUAAAUAAGAACAUUUUGACGCUCACAAAAUCCCUCGAUUUGGAGGUUGACGCUGAAGACGUGCAAAGUUUGAUAACUUACACGGAGGGAGAGCUUUCCAACGAAGAUUUAAUUGAAUUGAAAGAAGAACUGGAAGAGCAGAAGGUGGUGGAAGAAGAAGUUGAAAAAGCAGAAAAAAAAGAAGAACGAAAAGAAGAACGAAAAGAAGAAGUGAAAAAAGUUGUAGAAGUUCAGCCCAAAACAUUCAGUCUGAGAAAAUUGGCUAGCGUUUUCUCGGGUGUUAACAAAAUUUUAUCAGAAUUGGAAAGUAUGGAUCCAGAUGUGGAACGUUUUAGACGGGUACACUGGGAAAUGCGUGAAAUUUUAAAGUGCUAUCGGGAAAUAUACGAAGAAAAAAGGAAAGAAAGUGUGGAAAGCAGACAUAGUGGGUUCCUCAAGAAAGUUAUUUCUUCCCCAGUUCCAGUCCCCUCCCUCUUACCGUUCCGAUCGACAGUAAUAGAGCAUCUGGAUGAUCCUCAACCAUCAACUAGUUAUGCCAGGGGAUCUGAUGUUCCUGAAAACUCGGAAAACCAUGAAUCUUUCAAAAGAUAUAGAUCCGAUUUGAUGUUUACAGUCAUCCCAAAGAAUACGAUGCUAAAAUCUCCGAAACAGGAAGAAGAGGCCUUUGAGAUUGUAAAGGUGAAGAUUCCCAUGGAUAUAAAGCAAGAGAGUGACGGUGAAGCCAACUAAUUUGAAUAUGAACUGAUAUUAAAAGAGAAGACUUUCCAGGUGGGAAGAUCUGAAGAAAUAGACAUUUGCAAGAGUUUGGAGGGAAUCAAAACCUUGUAUUUCUGGGGUUCUGGGGUUAAAUGAAAAGUGAAUAAAUCCACCGGGAGCACAAAGGCAUUUAGGAAAGAAAGCCAGUGAAGCCUGAAGAUGAUGAUGAUCAAAAGUCACAAGAACCAAUUUCCAGCGUGGCUAAAAAUGAAAUAAAAUUCGAAAUUCAGAGGAGCCAGAGAUGGUGUGCAACCCACAGUGUUCCAGCUACUACACAUCUUCAAGGAUAAAUUGCAUAAACACUUACACUGUUGGAAAAUUAACAGCAAGCCUCCGGUCAUUCCGCAGGGGAGCACUUCCUCAGCAAGAAAAAAAAGGAUAUUAUUUGCUCACAAUAUGGGAAAUUUUGGUUGGAAAACAAACCUCAUGAAGAACGCAAGAUCCACACAGCAAAGAAGCCAUAUAAAUGUCCAGACUACGGCAAAAACUUCAUUGGUCAGAUGCCCUCAUCAGAGACAAUGAAUGCUUCAAGUGUUGAAGAAGCUUCCGGAUCAAUUGCCACCUAAAGCUCCGUAAAAGGAUGCACACGGGUGAGAAGCUGCACCAGCGCUUGGAAAGCUUCGAUGAGAGAGCAAGUGCAAGAGGACCCACACGAACGAAAGCCUUACAAGUGCUCCGAAGGUGGCAAAAGCUUUCGGACCAGCUCCCAGUUGAAAAUACACAAAAGGACACUCACACUGGCCUGAUGCCAUAUCUGUGCUUAAGACUACAGGCACUGAUAACGAUCCCCCUGAGGGUCAACACAGUAGAGAGACUGUACACAGGUGCCCGAGUGUGGGAAGAGCUUUGUUUCUAGCUCACAUCUCAGGAAGCUUAAUAUAUAGUAUACAUCGCCAAGAAGCUGCAUAAAUGCUCCUACUAUGCGAAAAGCAGUAGUAGGAAAUCCCAACUUGGUGGUCCACGAACAGAUUCAUAUCAGAGUUCUUCCACGUUUUCAUAAACACAUCCACCUACGAGGAACAUCCGAGAGGGGCACAGUUGUUGUUCAGGUCUAACAUGCAGUCUCAGAGAGAGUGAUAAUGACAUUAGCAUUGGAGUAAAACAACAGACAGCUAAGAGUCAAGCACAAAGGGGGCAUCGGUGGCUUUUAAACAUAUUGAUACAUUAAAAAUGUUUUAAAGAA